GGUUUUCUAUCCUUUCUAAAAGAGACCGCCGAUGUCGUCUUUGGGGGCUCCGCCAAUUCAAUGUUAACAAGCUGCAAAUUAACAGAUAGUCCAGAGCCUAGUUGGGCCAACAAAUGGAAACGUGACACCUGGAUACCUCCAACAACAGCCAUCAGAGCUGGCUUCGAUUAUGAUGGAGAACCAGUUUUUGUUGGCAAAACUAUUUACAAAGGGGAUCAUUUGCCAGCUAACGUUAUACCGAGCAAAAAUAUUUGUUUUUUUUCCUAUAAUGGUAGACAGAUUGAAAACGAUACGUUCGAAUUCCUGUGUACUACCAACGGAGAAUGGGUUGAGUGCUCUAAUGGAGAAGUACCUUGUAAUGCUGUGGAAGGUGGCGAAACAGCCGAUGGAGAAACCUUGUAUAUCGGAAGAAUCAUCCGUAAUUCCAGAGGUUCUGUGGUAGUAGGAAAAGUUCAUCCAAGCAAAAAGGUUUGUUUCGUUCCUUUGUCAGGAAUAGAACAUCAGUACUCUGAUUAUGAAGUAUUAGCUUUAAGCAUAAAAUAA